AUAACAUGGAUCCUCGAUUACAAAAAAACUAGCAAACUUAACUUUGCUACACUGAAUAGUGCAUUGACUAGCUUAAGUGGCAGGAUAAACAAAGAGUCAUGAGUAGAUGUAUUAACCCUCUCAAUCUCUCACACAUGAAACAGCCCAAGACGCCUAAGCCUAAGGAGUUAGAGAAUGAAAGUGAACUUAUAUCUACUGCUGAGGAAGAUUCGGAAAGAGUCGAGGAAGAAGUGGUGGAGAAAUCGGGGGAGGGCAGUGAUGAUGAGCUAGCAGAGCAUUCAGGCACAGAGAAGACAGCUGGGACAGUUGCUCAACCAAUUGCACCAAAAAAGAAACUCAAAUGGUGGAAGGUGGCUGCCAUUGCCGGGGCUACCGUUACAGCUGGCUCUGUGGUGGGUGGAGCUGCUUUUGUUGUUGCUCCACCACUUAUAGUGGCUGGUCUCGGCUUCACAGCUGCUGGGAUAAUAGCUGGAUCACCAGCAGCGUACAUGAUGUCAGUCUUGGCUCCCACUGUGGCUGGAGGAAUUGUGGCCACACUACAGUCUGUUGGAGCUGUUGGGUUCAGUGCUGCAGGCGUUGCGGCCCUGGCUGGUGCUGGAGGCACUGCAGGAGCAGCGAUUGGUGGUGGAGUAGCUGGUGGAAUAGCAUCGACCAUGCAGAAGGAGAACAAGAGCAAGACUGCCGAGUGAAGAUUGCACUGCUGAAGAUGACACUUAUUAAAUUGUGUCAACAAUAAUAAUUGUUAUCUAUAGAUCUAGCAUGAGCACUCUGACAUGUUAUCAUUAUUUACAUACAUGCAUGGUGUCAUGACAUUUCUACUAUA